UUGCAACUUUUGAUAACUCUACACUGGUAUGCUUCUGGGUCAUUCCAGUUAAAUUUAGGAGAAAUAAUGGACAUCCACCAAUCUACUGUUAGCAGAACUGUGAAAAAUAUAUCAAUGGCAAUAGCUAGCCACAGGUCUGAUUUUAUAGCAUUUCCUACUGAGAAUGAAAUAACCGAAAUUCAACGUUGUUUCUACGAUUUGGCUAACUUUCCGGGAGUUAUUGGAACCAUAGAUUGUACCCACACCCCAAUCCAAUGUCCAAAAGGGGAACAGGCUGAACUUUUCAGAACCCGC